AUGCCGCCUGCACGUCCUGGAAGUCUUAAAGAUCCGGAAAUAGCCGAUCUCUUCUAUAAACAUGAUCCUGAAAAAAUAUUUGAAGACCUUCGAGAAAUUGGUCAUGGAUCGUUUGGCGCUGUCUAUUACGCGCGAUGUAAUCUUACCAAAGAAAUUGUGGCCAUCAAAAAGAUGUCCUUUCUGGGCAAGCAGAGCCUCGAAAAAUGGCAAGAUAUCCUUAAAGAAAUCAGAUUUCUACGUCAAUUGAAUCAUCCCAACACAAUUGAAUAUAAAGGAUGUUAUUUACGAGAAUCGACAGCGUGGUUGGUAAUGGAGUAUUGUGUAGGUUCAGCAUCAGAUAUUAUUGAAGUGCAUAAGAAACCCUUGCACGAAAAUGAAAUAGCAGCAAUAUGUGAUGGCGUUCUAAACGGUUUAAGUUACUUACACAGCUUGGGACGAAUACAUCGGGAUAUUAAAGCAGGGAAUAUACUUCUCACUGAUAAUGGCAUUGUUAAGUUGGCUGACUUUGGUAGUGCUGCUAUUAAAUGUCCAGCUAACAGCUUCGUCGGCACACCUUAUUGGAUGGCCCCGGAAGUUAUUCUGGCUAUGGAUGAGGGUCAGUACGAUGGCAAAGUCGACGUCUGGUCUUUGGGCAUAACAUGCAUAGAAUUAGCUGAACGAAAGCCUCCAUAUUUUAAUAUGAAUGCAAUGUCUGCUCUAUAUCACAUUGCCCAAAAUGAUUCUCCGAAUUUAUCGAAAAAUGAAUGGUCAGACACUUUUUGCAAUUUUGUUGAAUUGUGUCUUAAAAAGAUUCCAAUGGAAAGACCUUCGUCGGGAAAACUGUUGCAACAUGAAUUUUUAACGCAACCUCGAUCAGAUAUAGUGCUUUUGGAGUUGAUUGCACGUACAAAAGCCGCUGUGAGGGAAUUAGAUAACUUGAACUAUCGAAAAAUGAAAAAAAUACUAAUGGUAGAUACCUGCGAGACUGAGAGCGCCAUUGGCGAUACGGACGAUACGCAAGAUGAACACGCAGGUGGCGAUAGCAGCAAAAGUAAUAGUAUUACUUCAGAACACUCCAUUCACUCUGUGGGUGUGUCGGCGGCAAGUAGUCAAGUAAGCUCAUCAUCUAACUCUAUACCUACCGCUCAAAACCACAUAUUGACACAACAACAACAUAUUGCUGUAAAUUACCAACAACAAGCAGCGGCUGUGGCAGCUGCUCAAGCAGCAGCAGUAAGCGGGGCUGCUGCACGUAAUUCAUCACGGCAGAGAAAUCUGCCACCAUUACCUAAUAUAAUGCACAACAUGAAUAAUAAUAUUACUCCUACGAACUCAACUUCAGUAGUACCAGCGCCUGUGUUGCCUGUAUCUGUCACAACUCAUACGGCAUGUGGUGGUUCCCCAGCAUCAACGUCGAAUAUGAGCACAGGUAUGAUAACACCUGCAAUCGGCGUUGGGAUUGGAAGUGGUGGGGGUGGAGGGGAUCGUAUGCCGCGCUAUUUGUCCUCACCCGCUGCCGCUGCGGCAGUGUAUGCUGCAUCAUCACAGCAAGCCAUCUCUAAUGCCGUCAAUGAGCAUGGACCCAAUAAUUUUGCCACAAUAAGAACUACAAGUAUAGUAACAAAACAGCAAAAAGAGCAUAUGCAGGAGGAAAUGCAUGAACAAAUGUCCGGCUAUAAACGAAUGCGACGUGAACAUCAAGCUGCUUUAUUAAAGCUCGAAGAAAAGUGUAAAUUAGAAAUGGAAGCCCAUAAGAGCGCACUUGACAAAGAAUACGAUAAUCUGCUACAUAACUUCACAAGGGAACUUGAGCGGCUAGAGACCAAACAUCAGCAAGAUUUAGAACGUCGUCACAAACAAACUGCCGUGUCUGAAAAGAAACUUCAUAAAGAAAUUUCACUAAAGCAAGAAAGCGAUCGUAAAGCAUUUGAUUUAAAUCGCAAAAAAGAAUAUAAAGCUAACAAGGAACGAUGGAAACGCGAACUUUCAAUGGAUGAAUCCACACCGAAGCGUCAACGUGAUUUGACAUUGCAAUCGCAAAAAGACAACCUAAAGCAAGCGGAAGCGCAAGAAGAACAACGUUUGCUCAAAAUACAAAGACAGUAUAUUGAUUUGGAGAUGCGAAAGUUCAAGAGGAGGCGCCUCAUAUCGCUUCAUGAACUAGAAGAUCAGUUGCUCCGGGAUGAAUUAAGUAAAAAGCAACAGCAACUAGAACAGGCACAUGCUAUACUAUUAAAACAUCAUGAAAAAACGCAGGAGCUAGAAUAUCGGCAACAGAAAAGUGUUCAUCAGCUUCGUGAGGAACAGAUAAAUACCCAGCACGAUACGGAAUUGAAGAACCAAAAUGACUACAUGGAUCGAGUUAAAAAAGAACUUUUGCGGAAGCAUGCACUUGAAAUUCGGCAACAUCCUAAAAGCUUAAAGCAAAAAGAAUUACAAAUUCGUAAACAAUUCCGUGAAACGUGCAAAACUCAAACAAAACAAUAUAAACGCUAUAAGGCACAGAUUCUCCAGACUACACCGAAGGAUCAGCAAAAGGAAGUUAUAAAACAAUUAAAAGAAGAGAAACAUCGAAAAUUAACGCUUCUCGGCGAGCAGUAUGAGCAAAGUAUUGCUGAUAUGUUCCAAAGUCAGAGUUAUAAAUUGGAUGAGACCCAAGUGAUUGAGUGCCAUCGUACCAACGAACAGCUGGAAUACGAGCUUGAUGUGCUCACUGCCUAUCAAAAUAAAAACAAGAAACAAGCUCAGGAACAGCGUGAUCGUGAGCGUAAGGAGUUGGAAAAUAGAGUAAACGUGCGAAGAGGUUUACUGGAAAGCAAGAUGAAUGCAGAGUUACAGCAGUUCAAUCAAGAACGCGCUGAACGUUUACGUAUUAAACAAGAGAAACAUGCUAGAGAACUUGAAGCUUUCGACCAGGAAUCACUUUCACUGGGCUUUAGCGCUCUGCUUCUCAGCGAGGUAUCACGUGAAACAUACCCCGACGAGGAGGGUAGCCUGUCAGGUUCUAUGAUCAGUUUAGCGCAUAGUAAUAGCUCUACAAGUUUCCCUGCUGGCUCCCUAUAGCAUACAAACUUAAAUAAGUGUAAUAAUGGCAAUUUUAAUAACUAUAAUAUAAUUUCAUUAACAAAUAAAAAAUUUCGUAAUACUAGUGAUGUUGGUAAAACCCUUGUAAAAGACGACAUUGAAGUAAAUCGAUUAAAUCAAAUGUCGCUCCUUCAAUGUAAAAAAUAUUAAAAGAUACUAAAUAACAAAAAAAAAAAACAAAAAAAAAAAAAUGAAGAAAAAACCUAAUUACUAAAAGAAGGUAUAAGUAUGAUCGAUGUGAAAGUGAGUGCAAAUAAAAGGAUACAAUUAUAAUAACAAUUUAAACGUAUUUGCAAUCUAGCGCUGAAAAAAAAUAAUAAUAAUAUAUAUGUAUAUGUAUAUAUAAGUUUGUGAAAUAAUUAAAGCCAAACUACAAUCGAGAGUUAAUAUACAACAAAACACAUAUAAAUACUAAAAUAAAAUAUCAAUGCAUCAAUGGCAAAUUCUUGAGCUAUAGAGCUUAAGUAUAAUCGUAUCGUAAACUGGCGUAGAAAACUAGCGUUAACUUUUGUAUAAUACUGUGAAGUAAUGCUUAAAAAAUAUCCAUUCAUGUAUGCAUAAUAAAAUAUAAAAUAUUCUGAAUAUAAUGUAUUUGCACGAAUGAUUGCUUAAAUAGAAAUGCUUUUGCGUAUAAAGCUGGUGUGAAAAUAUAACACUUUGAAUAUUAUUAUUAUUAUAAUUUAUUUUUUUUUUUUGCAGAAUAUUACUUUCAUGUCAUAAUUGAUAUACGGUAGAUAUUCGCAGUAUUUGCAAAUAAACAGUAUUUGUAUGGAGCUAUGUGCAUAUGUGCAAUAAAGUGAAUGUAUGCCAUGCA